AUGGCAGUGGACUAUACUGAGAGUUUUACCUUGUUGGGCAUUGGCCUGGUCUUUAUCCUCGUGCGCAUUUAUGUGCGAUGGACGCAGGUUGGGCCGUCGAACUUCCAGCUCGAUGACUAUUUCAUGCCGUUGGCCGGGAUAAUCUUCGCAGUCGAAGUGUCCCUGGCCUACCUUGUCGGCGCCCGAUAUGGCGGCUUCACCAACAGCUACAUGACGCCCGAACAGCGCGCCUCGCUCGAUCCCAACUCGGACGAAUACCACUUCCGCAUCAUGGGAUCCAAGAUCCAAGUCGCAGGCUGGAACUUGUACGCCAUGGUCCUCUGGCUGAUCAAGGGCUCUCUGGCGGUCUUCUACUCCCGACUCACAACCGGCCUGAGCCACCUCCCAACCCGAGUACGCUUCGCAUACAUCCUUCUCGGAGUCACCUAUCUCGGCGUGGCAUUGACCCUCGUGCUCAGCUGCCAGCCCAUGCGCAAGUUCUGGCAGAUUAACCCGGAUCCAGGGAACAUCUGCCAGCCCGCCCGCUCAAUGGUCUACGUCCUGGUCGUCAUGAUCCCCAACGUCCUAACAGAUCUCUAUCUCCUCUCCAUCCCCCUCCCCCUCCUCUGGGCCGUGCGCAUCGGUCUCCGCCGCAAAAUCACCCUAAUGGCCCUCUUCAGCGGCGCCAUCUUCGUCGCCGUUGCUGCGAUCGUCCGUGCCGUGAUUGUCAUAGUCGCCGGCUCCAACGGCGCCGUCGAAGGCAGCAAAUGGGCGUGCCGCGAAUCCUUCGUCUCGAUCAUCGUCGCCAACCUACCCAUAAUCCAACCCCUCAUCCGCCGCGGCGCAAGCAAACUCGGUCUCUCGGCCCUAUUCAGCAACAGCGGGCCAAGCAGCUACGGCCGCGGGCCGUCGGGUGGACGGCGGCGCGAGGGCGAUUACCCGCUUGCCUCGCACGAUGCCGCAACCGGGAAGUCGAAAACGGGGACGGGGACGGAAACUGGCAGCGGGUGGAAGAGCCGGCGGUUGCGUGGGUUUGGGUCGACGGUGCAUCAUUCGACGGCGAUGGGGAGUGAUGAGGAGAUUUUGGUUGAUGGGGGGAGGAAUGCUGGCGGGAAGGGGAAUAAUCAGAUUACGGUGACGCAUGAGACGGUGAUUGAGCGCGAGGAGGUUAGCCCGACGGGGUCGCCGACUAGGGAUGGGCAUGUUGUGCAGGAGUCGGGUCCUAGGGGUAAUGGGGGUGCGUGGGAUGGUGGGGUGAAGAGGGGUUAG